AUGUCCCAUCAGGCCACAGAGUCAUUCUAUGACCAGUUCUUCCUCGACUAUGAGAACAACUACCAUAACAAUGAGGGCCUUAAGGCCUUUGUCCGCGAAGCUGCCUCGAAGCUCCCCGACCAUGCAAAAGUGCUAGACGUGGGCUGCGGUACGGGGCGUCCCAUAGCCGAAGCCCUCUGCGCGGCCGAGCUUGAUGUUACAGGCAUAGACCUGUCGACUGAAAUGGUAGAGAUGUGCAAGAAGCGGUUCCCCUCCGCGACGUUCAUCAAGGCGGACAUGACCAAGUUUCACCCCGAGCAAAAGUUCGACGCCGUCUUUGCCGUCCUCUCGUUAUUCCACGUUUCUCAUCGUGAAUGCUACUCGAUGCUGUUCAAGUUUGCCGACUGGCUGAAGGAGGGAGGCCGCCUCUUCAUCACUACUAUAUACAGCUACGAUCUAGUGGACAGGGGAGCCAAGCCGGAUAGCCAGGGCAUCAUCGAUCUUGCUGACUGCCAGUUCUUAUCCCAAGAUGUACCCCUGACGGCAUUGUCCGGCGAGAAAUGGGAAGAGUACCUGGCUGCUGCCGGAUUCGUUGGGUUCCAUGCUACCAAAUAUGACUUCCAGCCUGCGGAUCCAAAGCUCAAGGUUGCCCAUCACCACUUUAUCACAGUGCAACGAGGAGAUAACCAUCCGCUUAUGGGGCCCUAUCCUUACCCUGAUAAAGUGCGUGGGGCGUACUCUGUAAAUAAGGAGGCAUACAAGUCUUUCAUGGAAAGGCUCAAUGAUGUCGAACCAAAGGCUCUGGCGGGUGUAAUUGGAAACAACACCAACAUUCUCACUAUUGACCCGAUGAACCGCAGUGAUUCGUUCCCAUUUAGCACCAAGGAAGCUUCCAGCAAGUUCGACUGCAUCGUCCUGUCCCGAGUUCUCGAUGGCCUGGAAGGCAUUACAGAGUCGCUUCAGAAGGCCAUGAAGGCAACCGGCAAGAUAGUAGUCAUCCAGGCUGCUCCAGACAACGAUAUCCUCAAACACGCCAACCUCAGCAGCAACAAAGCCCCGACGCACCACGGACUCAUCCUCCAGCGAGCUGCCGAGAUCCUAAAGACAAACGGCUUUGGUAGUCAGGAACUAAUUCACAUUAGUGAUAGUGCAUGUCGCUUCCCAGAGGAGGAUCUGUCUGCUCGAUGCAAGGGUGCUGCUACCUUGAUUGCAGACAUGUUCUAUAGCAAUGAGGCCGACUUGCAGAGUAUCAAGGACGCUCUUGUCUCUAGAAUGGAGGCCCUCUUCAAGGAGACUCCGCAUGAUGUUGGCAACCAAUCUGUCAUGUUGGUUGCACGGCCAGCCACUUAG